CUGGACUCUCUCUGAACCGUCCACAUGCUGUUAACGAGCUCACGCUGCCUCACCGCGCUGCCUCACCGCGCUGCCUCACCGCGCUGCCUUCACCGCCGCUGCCUCACCGCGCUCGCUCACCGCCUCACCGCGCGCGCCUGCUCACCGCGCUCGCCUCACCGCGCUGCCUCACGCCGCUGCCUCACGCGCUGCCUCACCGCGCUCGCUCACCGCGCUGCCUCACCCGCGCUGCCUCACCGCGCUGCCCUAAAGCUCUGAGCUCGCUGCUGAGCUGCACGGCACAACAAGCCUCUCUGACUGCGAGUCCCAGCAGCUCUCAGUUCUUUAAAGGCGACUCCGUCUCUCUGAGCUGUGGCGAGGACGACGGCUCUGCUGGAUGGAGGCUGACGAGGAACACGACCAAACGACAGAGGACUCAGUGUGGACUCGACUGGGGAAGAUCAACUGGUUCCUCUUGUAAAAUCAGUCUGAUCGCCACAUGGGACAGUGGAGUUUACUGGUGUGAGUCCAGAGAGGGAGCAACCAGUAACAGCAUCAGCAUCACUGUCACUGGUGGAGCAGUGAUCCUGCAGAGUCCUGUCCUCCCUGUGAUGGAGGGACAUGAUGUCACUCUGCACUGUAAAACAAAGACCCCUCCCUCCAACCUCCCAGCUGCUUUCUAUAAAGAUGGCUCCCUCAUCAAAGAGACUACAGGUCACAUGACCAUCCACCAUGUUGACAAGUCUGAUGAAGGCCUCUACAGCUGUAACAUCACAGGUCAUGGAGAGUCUCCACCCAGCUGGAUCACUGUCACAGGUCAGGAGCUUCACUUUGGUUUCCCCACUUAUUUAUUCACAAAUUCACCUGACCAGGUGAGAUUCUCUCUACAGGAAAACCUGUAA